AAAAGAAAUAAUGUAAUCAGCGAUUAAAAUCGUCAUUUAUUCAGUCAGUCUAAUAAUGAGGAAGGGACAAUUAAUUGAUACGGAUGGGCAUUAUAUUGUGAUUAGUGGUGAUACACCUCGAGUACUUGACGGUUGACGCCAUUUUAAUUCGUGCCCCAUUUGAGGCUUGAAAAAAAAAAGGCAUCUUCGAAGGCAAGGGGCCAACACUCUUUUGACAAUUAUCUAUGUGUGCGUGUAUGGACAAUCGCCAUAGCCUCGUAACGUCGUAUCACAAGUUGGCGUCGUGCGUCAAAAUGUCCGGAUAUUGAGUGAGAUUCCUCUUUACAGUGCGAGCAUUGAACGCCUGCGGCCUUUGAUGAAAACUAAUUGACAUUCUGAAGCAGGACGCGGGAGUCGAGUUGAUAUUAAAAUGUCGAGUGACAGUGAGGAUCUGUCACGGCCAUCGAAGAAACGUCGACACGUUAUCGAGGACAGCGAGAGCAGCGAUGAUUCAGUGGUAGCCAAGAAUCAUCGUAAACGUCGAAUUUUUAAAGUUGUUAGUGAUGUUGACAGUAGUGAAGAUGACAGUGAUGUGCCGAGGCCAGCAAGGAGAAGAAAUGGUGCAACUAAGAUCAUCGUCAGUGAGGAUGACUCGAGCAGCGACAGUGAUGCUGGAUCAUUGCAGUUGGAGAGUGACGAGGCUUGGGAGUCGGACUGGCAAAGCCCAGAUUCAUCAGACGACGAUGAAGUUUUGCCCAGAAAAUCCAGAGGCCAGCCUAAGAAACUUAAGGCGUCCCCCUUAUUCUCACCACUGAAGCAAAAUGGUUCAGACUCUGAACAAAGUGAUGGGCAAACGGAAAAAUGUCCAAUAUGUCUCCUACCAUUUAAGAAACAACAAGUGGCAACGCCAGCCACGUGUGAUCAUUGUUUCUGUUUAUUGUGCCUGACUGAAUGGAGUAAAAACGUCAAUACCUGUCCCGUUGAUCGUCAGCCAUUUACCUUCAUCAAUGUCAGAUUCCAUCGUCAUGGCAAAAUCGUCCAGAAAAUUCCCGUAGAACCUAAAAAUGCAACGGAAGAGCACAUCCAAGAAGACCCAACAUUCUGUGAAGUUUGUCAAGAAUGUGAUCGUGAAGAUCGUAUGUUGCUUUGUGACGGUUGUGACCUUGGCUUCCACCUCGAAUGUUUGAAUCCUCCAAUGGAUCGAGUGCCAAUGGAGGAGUGGUAUUGUCCUACCUGUACCGAGAUCAAUCCAAACCUCGCUGAAUCCGUUGAAAUGGACAUGGAUGAAUUACCAGAUCUGAUGGCUGAGGCUCGUUGCCUUGGCACCACCUACGGUCGAACACGUUCAGGCGUUCCUCAAAAUUUUUCUCAUUCCCCAAUGCACACCCCAGGACCAUCACACCGACGAAUAAUUCCACGAACACGUCAGACAGAACGAGUUAGAGCCAAUAUUCGCGCUGAUCGCCGUAGACAAGAAAACACUCGUAACUUCGAUCCUGAUCAGCCCUCAACAUCAUCUGGCAUUGAAUCUACCUAUGACAGCAACAGUCGCAAUGAUCUAAUUGCGUCUAUCAUUCAACGUGUGAGUGCUGGGAUAUCUAGAAAUGGACGGGGCAAAGUCCAGAGUAAAUCAACAGCUAAGAAACCUCGAAAAAGGAAAGCAACUAGAACGACUUCAUCAAGAAGUGGAAAUACCGAGCUUCGUGAAGUUCGUAUUCGUGAGGUUAAUGAGGCCGGUGAGGAGAAGGAAAUUGUGACUUAUGUCAAAAUCGAGACAUCCUCAACCAAGAGGAAGGCCAAGCGUACUAAAAGAACGCGCAAGAAGUUAAAACGUAAAACAACAAAACGACGUGCAUUAUCCUCCCUAUAUGGUAAGGGUGUUAAAAAAAGACUUGCUAUAACAUUGGGAAUGGUUAAGGGAAGGGCCAAAGUACCGAGUGUCGCUGAACCAGUCAUUAAUAAUCAGGGAACAGUGAGGAGCGCAGUUGAGCUAACAAAUUCGAGAUUUCGAGCUGGAAUAUCACAAGUUAGCUUGUUUGGAAAUAAUUUGGGGCUUGAUUACAGCCCACCUGGGUCUGAUGACGAAACGAUGCUCGACUCACCCAGCUUGACCCUUGGCUCAAUAGUAGGAAUUCGACGUCGAAAUGUGUCGAUCUCGUCGACGCGAAGACGACUAGCUCUCAAGGGAAUGCUUCUAGAGCCCCAAGCGCAACCUCCAACUCACCAUCAACUGCAGUCCCCUAUGGAUCUCCUGGACAGCAUAAUGGGUAGCCAAAAGUUGUGGCACUCCAAGUCCAACCAGAUUACUCUUAAAGCCAAUGGGACUCUUCUUCUGCCAUUUGAUCUUGAUAAAAAGCCAGAUAAAGAUGAAAAUUACAAUAACAAUUCCAACAAAGACCUCAAUAAACGCUUGGACGAUAAUUCUGAUACGAUAAUACACAAGACAAUUGGACAACCAUUGGAUCUCUCCAGUAUAAGCUCAGAAGAUGUCACCCAGGCCCCAAUGUACAAUGGUUCCCGAGGAGGUGGCGGUCCAAGGGGUGGGGGAGCUGGUGGAGGUGGCAGAGGAAAUAAUUACCAUGGAGGAAGAGACUCCUACUCAUAUUCGGGUGGCAGACAGCAUUAUAACUCUAGAGGCAGUGGAAUGCCUUCACAUGGUGGCUUUGGUCAUCGUGAACGUGGACAAUCCCCAAUGACUGAUUUCUCUUCGAAUUUUGAUAAUCGCAUGAAUCACAAUUUCAACUCAUCUUUUCGCUUUCGUAAUUCAUCAAAUUUUCGGAAUGAUAAUAGACCACGUAUGCCUAUGAUGCCAAAUAUGCCAAGACCUCCGAAUCACAUGUUCAGAGGACCGGGUGAUAGUAUGAUUCCAAUAUAUCCAGCACAAACGAGUUACCCACCAUCGUUGCUAUCACAACCACCACCACCACCGCCGCCGCCACCUUCUACUGGGUAUCCAGUGCCUGUUGUACCUCCUGAUAAUUAUUCAGGGAAUAUGGAGCAAGAAAAAACAAAUGUUCCUGUUGAAUCAUCAUCCUCAGUGUUAUCUUCGUCAUCCUCGUCUGCAAGUAAGAUUGAUAAAAUUGAUGAUGCAGCUGUAGUUGAUCCUGUAGAAUCAUCAGUUAUUGAAGGUGGAGCUGAGACACAAGGGAACGAGGAAGAUUGUGAUAUCUACGCCGAUAUUGAAUCUAGAGAUGACAAUAAUAAAAAUCUCGGGAAUAAUGAACCGUCGGAUUUUGGGAGUAGAGAGGACAAUGAUGACCAAUCGAAUGGUGCUGGUUGUACAACUUCCAUCCUCCUGCCACCUCCGGAGCCACCCUCUGAAUUGCUCCUGGAUUUCGAGGAGGAAAACCUAAAGAAUGACAGUUACGAAACAAAUAGCAGAGGAUCAGACAACGAAGACCUGGUGAUUGACGAUACUCAUAAAGAGCCAGAACGAGAAGUUAAAGAAGUUGAGAAGCAUGCGAAAGCUGAGGCAGACCAGCCACAAUAUUACGAUAAGUACGAUCCCUUUCAAGAGCCUGAGUCAGACGAGGAGUCGCAGGCUGACUGUCCCAACUUCUCUAUUUAUUCUUCUGAAACAAUGGAUGUUGCAAGACGAGCUGAGGAACAGUUAUCGCAGGAGAUUGACAUUGGUCCACUCGAACCGCCACCACUGCCACCAGAGAUUCCUGAUGAUGAUACUGGUAUCUACAAUUUGCACGAUGAUUCAGAAGAGCCAGUAGCUCCACCUCAGGAAAGAUCCACUGAGAGAGUGGAAACACCAGAUAUCCCUGAACCCCCACCAAGCUUCGAUCCCUACGUUGAAUCACUCAGAAAAGAACGACAACAACUGAGUAAAAUUCCGUCUAAGAAAAUUUCUACGGAUUCUAGGGGCAAGAUUACCUUUAAAAUUGGAAAUAAAAGCAAAGUAAUGAAUAAAUUGAGUACUUUGUAUGAUGAAAUUGACGAUAACCUACAAACUAUGAUCGAGCAAGAGAAAGAACAUGAGGCUUCAGUAACUGAAGUUCACACUUCUGUGACAGAAAAUGAUCGAAGCGAAGAGAUUCCCUCCUCUACGAAAAAAUUGGAGGAACCAAUUGAAAAGGAGCCUGAGGAGUCUCCCAAACAGCAACCAGAUAAACAUAAAGAGAAAGUCAGUGAUGAGGAUGAUGACGAACAAAUGGAAGAACAGUCGGUUGAAAAAAUUUGUGAUAAGUCUGAGGACGAGGAUCGAGUGACAAGUCAGCCAAUUGAUAAUGACGAAGAUGUUGAGAAACUGAAUGAUUCGAUAUCAACUGAAGAUAGUGAUCGUGGUGGGACUCCUCCAAUUGUACAUACCGAAGCUAAAAACAAUUUUGAUAAUUGUGUGGUUAGUGAGAGCAGUGAUGUAAUUAAUGAGGACGAGAGCUUUUUGAGUCAAGACUUUCAGCUCGAAAAGGACGAGAACGUUCAUAAAGAUGUUGACAUGGAAAGGAGUGAGGAAGAUAAGAAUUUGUCGAACGAAAUGAAGUCUUCGGUUGACGAGAACAUGGAUGUUUGGUACUCAGACGGUGCUUAUACACCUUGCAAGGAUGAGAAUCCAAUCACCGAAAAGGACACGACAAAGCCACAAUUUGAAAGUGAAUUAGAACCGAUAACUCCACCGCCUAAAGACCACAACAGUGAUGAUUUAGAUGGUUGUAAAACACCAAUCGGUUACGCAGGACUAGGGACAGAAGCUAUUUCGGAGAAUGACGAACCAAUCACCUUUGAGGACGAUUCGGCAGCAGUAUUAUCCCCCUCGGCUGCCAAGGACAAGGAACUUGAGGAGGGUGAAAUUACCAUGGACGAGAUAAAGUCCGCCAAAAAGAAGAGAAUAACGUAUGAUUCCGAUAAAGAAAGUGAACGGGAGGGAAAAAAGCAAAAAGAUCGGCGGGAUAAAUCUAGCAGUAAUAAAGAGACUGACAAGAACAAGGAGAACACUUCCGAUAAUAAUCAAGUAGCCUGGAAGAAGCUAUCGAAGAGCACGAAAGAGCGUCAGUACCGGGAAAAGAUGAAGCGUCAAUCAUCGUCGAAGGACCGUCAUCGUGAUCGUAAUCGUAAUAGAGAUCGUAAUCGAGAUCGCGAGAGGAAUCGAGACUACGACAAAGAGAAGGACAAAAAUGGAAAGAGGAGAAAAUCGAAAGAACGUACCGCCACGACUCCAAGUGCUAAAGAUAUGGCGAGGAAGAAGGAGAAGCGGAAAGAACUUCCCAGAUAUGAUGUGAGGAAAAUUGUGGCCGAUAAGCCAGCACGACCGAAAAAGGACGAAUACGGAAGGGACAUACGGACUGCCCUCUCACGCAGCAAAUCCAGAGGACGAAGUGUCACACGUAGAAAGAGUCACUCUUACUCACCAGCGAGAAGAUCGUGGCCCAGGCGCUUAUCCCGUUCAUGGUCAAAUCAUAGAAGAAGAUCCUUGUCAAGAGACUCAAGAGCAUCCUCACGAUACUCUAGAUCUCGAUCUCGUUCAGUUCGACGCUCACGAUCACGUCCUCACUCUCGUUCGCGUUCACGAUCACGAUCGCGAUCGCACUCACGUCCCCGUUCCUACACACGCUCUCGCUCACGACGAAAAUCACCGCUUACAAAUACCAGGAGACGAUCAUUAUCGAGAAAACGAUCGAGAUCUCUGUCCCUUCGUCGUAAACGUUCACUAUCUAAUCAGCGAACACGAAAGAAUCAUCCAAAACGAUUGCCCAUAAGAAAACGCAAAUCGAGAUCGAGAUCGAGGAGAAAGGAAAAAGUUAAAAAAUACAAGUCAAGGAGUCGAUCGAGACGGCGCAAACGUUCGUGGAGCAAAAGUCCAGAGCCGGUUGUUCGGAGGGAGAAGGAGAAGAAAAGAUUGAAGCGAAAAAUUGUUGUUGGAAAAUCGAAAUCAAGGGGGAGAUCGCCAACAAGAAAUUGGGAUAGUGUGAAUCUUCCUCGAUCCCUUGAUCGUGGUUAUUCAAUGAGGAGUUCGGGAAUCACAGCUCCGAUGACAUUACUGCCAGGGGAAAUACUUCAAACGAGCCAGAUGAAUCAUACAGUGACACAAAAUCAGACAACAUGGAGUGGAGCUCAAUGGACGCCAUCGUGGUCUCGAUCAAAGACGAAAUCAAGGUCGAGAUCUAGAUCGAGAUCUAAUGGUCCUGGUCUGGAGCCAGUGCCUCCCAAAAAUCUCACAGUUAUACUAACGAACAAAGAAGCCAUCAAGAAGAAGAAAAGGGAGAGACGAUUGAAGGAAGGAAAAAAACGAAGGGAUGAUCCUGAUAGAAUCAAAAAGAGAGACAAACGUAAUCGCACUCCACCUCCUUCUAAGGAAGUAUUUGCCAGUGGUGAUAAUAUUUUAGUCAGUGUAUGUUUCAAUAACGAGAAUCUAAACGAUAAUACUGACAAACCCCCGAUGUCUGUGCCUAAUGGUGACAGUAUAAGUAGUCAACUUGCUGAUACAAUAGCCUUACUCACCAGUAAAAAACGAAAACGCAAGAAUUAUCGAGAGGUAGGAAUUGCACCGAUUGGAGCAUUGUCAAAAGAACCACUGUCCAAAAAACCAAAGAAGGAUAAACCCAAAGAGAAACGGGGAAAAUCCCCAGAGCCUAAACUUCGUAAUCGACGUGAAAAGAAGAAGAAAUCGAAGGCUGCGGAAAUUGCAGCGACCAAGAAGCCCGUUGCUGUUAUUGAUUUAGAUCAGUCACCCUUCCGAGAACAAACACCUUCGCCUAAAGAUAUUAUAGUUCUCAGUGAUGAUGAUGACGAUAAUGACUUGAAUCAUCAGCAGCAUCAACAGUUACAACAACUCCAGAAUGCAAUUUCUCCCGCAAUUUUACAUCAGCAACAGCAGAAAUCAUUGGACAAUCGACACGAUGAGCAAACACAGCAGCAAGAAAGUCAAAAUGAUAAUUUAGCAUUGCAGAGAGAUGAAUUUGUCGGCCCAAAAACACCACCAGAACCUCAAAUAAAAUUCUCUAUAAACAAACAAUCUAGUAACUUAAGACCAAGUAUGAUGAAUCCACUUUUGGAUGAAGAAGAGGAUGAAGAUGUAGACAAUGAGGAUGGUGAUAAUGAUGGUGACGAUGAGGAGGAUGAUGAUGAUGAUGAUAACACAAAUGUUCAACAUCCAAAAAGCAACGACGAUAAAGACAGAAAUGCUGCUAACAAAUCAGGGAAGAGUGACACUAAAUUAAUAAAUGAUCUGGCAGCAGAAUUAUUGAAUUCGAAUGAACAAUCACGUGAAAAUGAACACACGGGAACCAAUGAUGGUGAUAUUAUCACCGUUGCUGAUAGUAACGAAGACGAAUUAGAUGAUCUAGAAACUUUAGAGUUAUUAGAUAUGAACGAGAGGAGUCAUGGUUUAUCUCAACAGAAUGCCAAUGAUAAUCAAGGAGAAAUUGAUAGUAUGAAGCACGAUCGUACGGAGGAGAGAAGGAAUCAGGAUGAGCUUGAUAUGAGAUUGAAAAUUGGCCCCAAUACACCACCUGAGCCACCCUCAUCACCACCAACAUCGCCCGACGCUUACGAUCCCUUUGAUCCAACAAAAUCUCGUUCUCCAACGCCCACAGCUUCUCAGGAAACCUCAAUAGGAAUUGAUUCAGGCUUGACAGCCAGUGAUUCCCUAAAAUUAUCUGGCUCCCAAGGAAAAGAUAACUUUUCCAAUGAGAAACGCGAGCCGACAGAUAAACCGAAGAUCAUAUCUAUGGUGACGAUUAAGAGGGCGUCGUCUCCAUCAACAGGUGGAAAUAUCAGUAACCUAGAAAAAUCCGAAGAUGGAAAGACUAAAGCUAAUAGCAGUAUUUCCACGAGCAUUGGGAAUGCUUUCACGACUAUCAAUCCAGUGUUGGCGACAGUAGCCGCUGCUGUUCAGAGGAUUGGAAUUCAGAGAAAUCUUUCCAAUGCACAGGUCAAACAACGAACCAGUGCUGGUAGUAAUCAGGUGUCCAAUCUCUUCAUGAAUUCGAUAAAGGGAAUGUCUUUGAGGGGAUCGAAAACCAAUACUGUAGCCAAUAAACAAAAUGGAAAUGAAGGCACGGAGGGAGCUGAUGGAGCUGCCGUUGGACCCAUGAUAGAUACCUCCUCACCGUAUUCACCCGGAUCGAGCUUGAGUGAUGGGUUCUUCGAUCCACCACCUCAUCAUGGACAUGGCUCCAGUCCAGCUGGCAAUAUUUCGGGUAAUUUGACGAGUGGCAAGGGGAAAGCUAAAGGUGGAAAGGCUGAGAGUAAAAAAGAUGCUUUUGAUGCACUCUUUGGAGCUUCUCCGCUUGUUAAGAACAGCAAGGGGCGAGCGAAAAAGACUGCGGAAAAGAGGAAACGAACUACAAAUUCGAAAGUCGGCGUGAGGAUGGAUGAGAAUGAACUUCAAAUUCUUGAUGACCUGCCGAGUUCAGCUGUCGAAAUGCAGGUCAAGGAUAAGUUCCUGAAGAAGUUGAAUAGACAGGAGAGAGUUGUGGAGGAAGUUAAACUUGUCUUGAAACCUCACUACACCAAGAAACAUGUGACGAAGGAGGAGUACAAGGAUAUUAUGAGGAAAGCGGUUCCCAAGAUAUGUCAUAACAAAACUGGCGAGAUAAAUCCAAAGAAAAUCGCGCAGUUGGUUGAGGCAUACGUCAGGAAAUGUCGAAGUAAUAAGAAGAAAGGUACAAACGUCAAUCCCUUGGGGAAUUCGAUGACGAAAAAUUUACGACCAACAAAAACUUUGUGGAGUUGAUCGCAACGGGAGAACACUUUUUAAUAGAUUCUCACAGCAAUGCGUUUCUAUUAAAAAUAUUAGGAGAAUCAUCUGAAGGAUCUAUGAUGAAUCAUCAACGUGGAUUAUCCGGCAAACCCGCCACACUGUAUUCUGUGUAAAUAUUUCGAGGACGAGUAGAUGGGGAAAAAUUCAAUGGAUGCGCAAUAUUUGUAUUUAAUUAUUUUUUACAUUUUUCUUUGCGUUUCUCGUAAGUGAAGUAACUAUGAAGAAACAACGGAGAACUAGCGAGAAAAUUACGAUGGGGCAUUUUACAAAUUUCUCCCCAUUUUAUCACGAUAAUAGACAAAAAAAAAUAUUAUUAGGCUUAUGAGGUGAAGCAGUGAGGAGCUACGAAAAAUAUUAAUUUACUGACGUUAACAAUGAAAAAGAAAGAAAACGCUCAAUCAACAGUUUCUACAUAGAAUAUUUAUUAACGAAGUAUUGUUCGUUUUCUAGAUACAAAAUAAAUGCCUGUUCAAUAAUUUUCAAAAAAAAAUUCUUUUCCAUUAUGAGAAAACCAAACGUUUUAAAAUUGUUAAAUAAUAAGUUUCGUGCUAUUUUCACUGUUUUAAACCUUAUGAAAACUAAUACAAAUAUAAAUACUGAAUUACGUUUGUCGUUUUCCUUCUGUAUAAGAAAUGAAUAAAUUAUUGAACGUAUAAGAA